UGUUUUUCACCUCCGAAUCGCUUCCAUUUGGUUGUCGCCUCCUCGCAACCCCCGAAACGAGGCAGCCUCCAAUUUUCUCUCCUUCUACAUUACAAUGUUCUAUCAAAUCUUCAAAACCUAAAAUCAAGAAUCAAAUUUAUUUCAUUGAUAAUUACACUUAGUGUUGUUUUCAAUUAUAUAUAUACACAUGUCUAUUUCUGUGAUGGAAUUCAGAAGAGGAAGAUUGGUGGUGUUGAUUGUUUUUGUGCUUCAAUUGUGUUUGGUAUCAGCCAAUUUUGUGUUCAAUGUGCAGCACAAAUUUGCGGGGCGUGAGAGGUCUUUGAGUGCAUACAAGGCCCAUGAUAUCCGCCGGCAUGGUAGGGUUCUCGCCGGAGUUGAUCUUCCCAUGGGUGGCAAUGCCAAUCCCAACACUGCAGGGCUCUAUUUCGCUAAGAUUGGACUUGGGACUCCUUCGAACGACUAUCAUGUGCAGGUCGAUACGGGAAGUAAUAUUCUAUGGGUAAAUUGUGCUGGCUGCGAAAAAUGUCCUACGAAAAGUAACCUUGGGAUACAACUGAGACCGUACGACCCAAAGGGCUCCAAAACAGCAAAAAUGAUUGCUUGUGAUCAAGAUUUUUGCACUACUGCACUGGAAAAAGUUCCAAUUGCUGGUUGCAGGGCUGGAGCACGUUGUCAAUAUAUUGUUACUUAUGCAGAUGGGAGCGGUACUGAAGGAUUCUUUGUUCAAGAUAAUUUACAAAUGAAUAGAGUAUCUGGAAAUCUUCAAACGACAUCCAUGAAUGGUACUAUUGCCUUUGGGUGUGGAUCAAAACAAUCUGGGGAGCUAGGUUCAUCUUCAGAAGCGGUUGAUGGAAUAUUGGGUUUUGGUCAAGCAAAUUCUUCCAUGAUCUCGCAGCUAGCAUCAGCUGGAAAGGUGAAAAAAAUAUUUGCACAUUGCUUGGAUGGUAAGAAAGGAGGUGGAGUUUUUGCUCUUGGAGAAGUGGUGCAGCCAAAAAUAAAAUCAACUCCAAUAGUCCCAAAUCAGGCACACUACAAUAUUAUUAUGAAGGCAAUUGAGGUGGGUAGUGAUGUUCUACAACUUCCCAAAGAUGCAGACAUUGCAUCUGGGAGAAAGACAGUAAUUGACAGUGGCACAACCUUGGCUUAUCUUCCACAGAGUGUGUUUGACCCUCUAAUAAAAAAGAUUGUGGCUCGGCAACCUAAAUUGAAUUUUCGUACUGUUGAAGAACAGUUCAAAUGCUUUAAAUACACCGGAAAAGUGGACGAUGGAUUUCCAGCCGUCACUUUUCGUUUCGAGAAUUCUCUUUCUUUGAAAAUUUAUCCUCGUGAUUAUUUGUUCCAAUUAAAUGGUGAUGAGUGGUGUAUUGGCUGGCAGAACAGUGGGAGCGGGGUGAAAUCAAAGAAUGGAAAGGAAUUGAUUCUUUUGGGAGAUAUUGUUCUAUCAAAUAAAGUAUUUGUGUAUGAUCUUGAAAAAAACACUAUUGGAUGGGCUGAACACAACUGAGCUCCUUGGUCCUGCUUUUGAUCAGGUAGUUCACAAUGUGUAUCAGGGGUGCAUUGCAUGCUGGAACCUUUAUUGAAAUUUGAAGAGGUUGUCUCUAUGAAAGAUUGACUGCAUUGAUUGGAGAGCUGUAGAGUCAAAUCUUGUAUAGAUGGUGUGCCACACAACUGGAAAAUGUUGGCUCAAUCAUACAAAGUACGGUUGGAGUUAAUUAGGAGAAUGAACUGUGGAGCCUACAAAAAUGUUGGUUUUGACAUAGGCGGUGCAGUGGUGGAAAGAGCCUUGCUUCUUUGUUCAUCCUCCGCAGUCAAAGCUGCUAGCAGUGGCUGGCCAUGAUACUUGACAAUUGUGGAGUUUCAUGAAGAGCUGACGUGUGUCAUGUCUUGAGCGUAUCACGUGUCAUCAGGAGCCAUGUCCACGCGUCAACCAGAAAUUGGAGAGUGGUACACUGCAAGAUGCAGGAGUGAUGCGAGGUCAAGUGGAUAUGCCAUGUGGCUAGCUGAAAGUUCCAUGUAGACUAUUGUUACGACAAAAUGCUGCGAACCAAGAACAAAUCAAGAAUCACAUCAGAAAAGUAAACACGCCAUACACAAAGAACACAAAGAUUAACAUAGUUCAGAAAAGCAUAUGUCCACGUUGAAGAUCUGGCGAAACAUUUCACUAUGCAAAAAUCAGGAGAUUACAAGUUUCGACCCCAAACCCAGUUCUCUCUCUCUCUCUCUUGCAGUUUUAAGUUUUCUCUCGUUCCCCACACCAAACCCUAACACCCUUAUAUACCGGGCUACAAGAGAGUACUAAACAAUGUCCACAACCUACAAGAGAAAACCGGGUCAAAAAAUUUCCUAUUUUUCGACAAAAUUCGGGCCACAACACCACAGCUAUUAUGCUGCCCAGACAAGGACCCUGUGUGUGGGGCGCGUGUGUUUUUGGGUGGGGGGGGGGGAUAGAUCAGUUCUUAAACUUCUUAUGUUAUCUCAUUAACCAUUCGAAACACAAGACUCCUAUGUGCAUAGCUCUUCAAUGCUUAGAUACAUUUUUUGUGCUUUUGAUGUAUUUUCUUAAAUGUUUCACAGUAAUCCUCUUAAUUGUAUUAUUACUUGGAAAACUUGGAUUAAACUGAAGACAUUCAAUUUACUUGCAGGGUUUGUGCAUUUAUUAUUUUUCAAUCUGAUAUGCCUAUGUUUGUAGUCAAUACAUCAAUACUCCUUAGAUUACUAUCUGAAAGGAGAAGGUAACUAAGAAGACUAGCUAUCCUAAGCAUAUGUGCAUUCUUCUUUAUUACUCCCUCUCAAAACAAACAUACAUAGCUCAUGAGAUACUUUUGUAUAACACAGUUAUGCAGGUAGAAGAAAAACAGAAUAUUGUAUCAUGCAUAUCAAUGAAUUAGCCAAGUAAAAGUAGGAGUUAAGAUAUAUGCAAACCAUAUGACACACAGGUUUUUACAUGGUUCACCACCAACCAUGGUAACCUACAUCCAUGCCUUGAGAAUUCUUGAGGAUUCCAUUAGCUGCUAAUCUUCGGGUGACAAGCAAACCCCCCUUUUUACGAGCUGAAGAGUAAUUCACUCCUUUUGAGGCUAAAGAGCACAAACCUCCUUGUUUUUGAGAUGCCAAGGGUCAUCUCCUCUUUUGCAGGCUCAGACUUAACCUUUACAAUGGUCCACAAGUAGUUCAGUUGCCAAGUGAAUCACUUGGAAUUCUCUCAAAAAUUUGGUAGAAGAUUUGAGGUAACCAUCUACGUGAAUAUCCCUUUAAUGGAUGGUUAUAACAAUAAAGCUCUCAACCUAGAGUCAUAAGUAUUUCAAAGUAAAAGCUCAACUUAGGUUGUAUAGUGAAGAUGCAUAACGGCGAGUUUAACUCGCAUUCACUCACUCAGAAUAGAGUACUGGUUUUGUACUCUUUCUCACUCAAUUCACUCACUCACAUGUGUAUAGGUCUCUGUACACUCGCUCAAGAACUCACACACAGAUGCACAGGCGUGUGCUCUGUUUCACUAUACAGAAGCACUGGUUCAAAUGCUCUGUUUUACUUGCAGAAGCACUGGUUCAAGUGUUCUGUUUCACUCACACAGAAGCACUUGUUUAGGUGCUCUGUCUCACCCACACGCUCUCUCACAUACAGAAGUGCUGGUGAUUGUGUUGUUUCUCUCAUAAUCAACUCACCUAGAGUAUGGUAUAAGAACUCCACUCUCAGUUCCACUCUUUCCUCACUCAAGUAUUGGUCUCUGACUCUCUAUACUCGGUACUCACACUCAAGCUUACACCAGUGUACUGGUUUCUGUACACUGUAUCACCCACACUCUGCAUCUAAGGUGGAGGUUAGUAUAAUUACUACUCUCAAGUUUGAGACAUUGGGACAGAACCGUAUUUAUAGCCGACUUAAAAAAAAAAAUUAUUUGGGGAAGAUGAAGGAAGAAUAAAGAGGCUGUUCGUGUAAGGUGUGUAAUGAAUUGUACUUGUAAGACGACUAUGAGAGGCGUCUUGUGUGAUGUGUAUGGCAUUUUGUGUGUCGUUGAGCCUUUGACCUGUGUUUUGACUCUUUUUCAAACUUCCAACUCGAUUCAAAUAAGCUGAUACUUCAACUUGAUUCAAAUAUAUAGCUGUUGGAGUCAUCAUCACAAAUGUUUUUGUAUCAGUGUGUGUUUGGCGCAAUAAGUGUGAAGUGAGUUGAAGGACAACUAUCUGACUCAUGUGGAGAAGUCAGACCAGCCGACCUUAGGAAGAUGCAAGGAAAGCUUCUCUUGAAAGCUUUGGUCAGUUGUGAAAUAGGUGUGAACUAGUCUCGAACUCAUAGAAGAGGAAUCUCAUAAGGAGAUAUCCAUGUGGCUUUUCGUGUAUCUGAGAAAGAGAUUUAAAGUCUCAUGAAGAUGUCUAGGGUCAUGAAAGAGAGGAUGAGACUUUCUCUAUAAGAUGCCUAUGUUCGUGAAGCUUUGUUCAGGAGCUUGGAAGAUUACUUAUAUAAAUAAUCUUUGAGUCAGUUAGGCAAAUUUGCUCCUAAGGACCUAUAAGAAUAAAGGAUUAAAUCUUCUUCAAGAAGAUUUCAUUGAAGUUGCACUGAAGGAGUGAGUACUCCAGUUCAUGUGUUAAUUCCUAAAGACCUAAAUGCAUGAAGGCUUAUGACACAUUGGUUAA